GCGCCCAAAGCAUCGAUUGACGUCGGACUAGAUGCGGUUCCUGCAUCGCGACAUGAACAUCCUCAAACUGCCGGCGCUUACCUGCCUCCACGCGCCCACGGCGUCGUCUCGAGAUAAUGGACAAUGGCGGGGGAUUGGCCGCCCUGAUCAGAGGCGACACUCUCAUCACCCGUCCAGGCGGCUAUCUCUUGCUUCCUCGCGAAAUGUCCACGAGUAUAUCUGGAGGAGAUGGCGCCCAUCCGAGUUCACAAUGGUGAACAUUGUCUCGCGACUCUCUCUUCCGGCUGCUACAUGCUCCUAAUCUCAUAUUAAUCACUACCUGUCUCAUCGGCCAUAUACCCCCCCCCCCCCCCCCCCCACACACAUCCAAUGAUCAACAUGGAGCCCAGCAAACUCAAGACCCAGGUCUCAGCCUCAGACAUCUCCGCCACGUCGACCACCGUGGCCCCGAGGGCGACCGUGCUGCUCAGCUCCGCCCAGCUCGCCCUCAGCGCCGUGGCCCUGGCGGCUGGCGUCACGGUCCUCGGCGUCUCGGCCGAUGCCCUCAAGACCUUUGACGACACCCAUCUGCCCUCCGAGUACUUCCUGCCCCUCUGGCCCGCUGGCGUCGAUGUCAGGCCUGUGCAGGGCAUGGUGGCCGCAGGGACCAUUGUGACGGUUAUGAGUCUGGUCUCUCUUAUCAUGGGCAGACUCUCCAUGACGAAGAACAAGCCUCUGCUGCACAUGAUCCCAUCACUACUGGCCCUCCUCGCCGUCCUCGUCGCCGUCGGCCUCUCCUACCACCUCAACGCCGCGAAUCCCACCGUCCACAACUGGACCUGUCGCUGGCGCCAGGUCCCCAUGCAGCAGCGCCCUCACUGGGGCACGCUGUGCAAGCAAGGCGAGGCUGGCUUGGCCUUGAUGGUCACUUUGAUUCCCGUCGAGGUCAUGCUGACGGGUGUCUGUGCGUAUGCGACCCUGGCCGGGAGGAACAAGUCUCUGCCAGAACACUAAGGGAUAGGUGUCAGCUAGGCGUGACGAGCCACGGCUGUCAUUUUGUUUCUGUUUGUAGUAAUAUGUUUCCAAGGGCGGUGUUUGCCCGCGGAGGGGCGGAUCUGUAUAUACUUGACGUGUUUCAGGAACCGGAUGUUUGCUGAUACGAGUGUUUGGUUGCACGUGCCUAUGCACGACAUCUGCUAAUUGCCGAUAUGAUGGAGUUCAAAUUCCAAGAAUGAGAAUACUUCGGAAUGUCGUGAGACUCGUGAACGGUGCUGAUGGCAGGUGGUGGUGAAUCUCGCAGUCC